AUCAGGUAACAAAAGGUCAAUAACAACAGCUGGGCGCGCAUAGCAACCAGUUCAUUGUGUACUGAGCACCAUAGACGCCGCCAUCCUACCAACACCCCAUGCAUGACUAACCAACAUUGCGUGUGAGGCGGAAAAAAGGGGGCCAUUUUACGUGACAAUUUUGUUCUUUUCUAGGCCCGACUGGGCUGGAUAAUACAGCCAAAAUGACUGAGGUGAUGCAAGGACUGGUUUCAGACGCAAAAAGGAACAAAUUCUCUACAAUUCCGACGCUAACAGACGAAGAUGUUGUCAGUGUUUGGGACAAUGUUUCAAGCUUUGUGGAGAAGCAAAUGUCUAUGCAAAAGGGGGUCCACAUAGCCGGGCUGGGCACGUUUACGUACGUCCACAAAAAGUUGGACGUGGGAAACAACAAGUACAUCCUGAUCCAGCGACCAGUCUUCCUCUUGGCUGAGAAGUUUGCACAAACUCACCAACUGGAGGCCACUAAACACUACACCACAGGUGAAAUCCCAGUGGUCCAGCUGAACUUCGCAGCCCUGUCCCUGGAGACGCCAUUUGACCGUGACACGGUAGAAGCAUGCGUACGGGAGGUCCUGGGGGCACUGUCGCGGGCCGUGGGCUCCCGGAGGAACGUGGAGUUCACCUUCAACGGCAUCGGCAAGCUGCAGAUCCGAGACUCCAAGGUCAAGAUGAAGUUCUACAAGGAGUUCCUGACGUGUAUGGAUGGAUCGGGAAGAUUAGUGGAUGCACUGAAAAAUCGUCCUGGGACAGCUGAUUCUGUCAUGUCCGACAGAAUGACACCUACCAGACCUCUGACUUCUAACACAUUAGUAUUACCAAGGAUAUCCCCUAAGGGAGAAGGACUAAAUCUUGAAGGUGAGGAAACCAAGAAGCCGACCAUGCCCACUAUAGCGGAGGGUGCAGAUGAAGAGGAGAGGGAAGAACAUGUAGAGAUGGAGGAGGGAGGACAGGGAGAGGAAGAACAGAUGAUGGAGGAAGAAGUCAAAGUCCCUGCAAAAAAGUGCAGGAGAACGUGCAAGACUGGCAAGAGUAUAUUAAAAUCCAGGUUGUCGGCGCCCCCUAGCAGGGCAGGGUCGCGACUGCAGGCUCCCAUUGCCAAGGUGUCAGGAGUCAACCUGUUGGAGGAGUUUCAACCCCCUCUUACUCCAGCCAAGUCUCCCUGCUCUGUUAAAGAUGGCCGCUCACCACCAAAGAGUCCCCACCCUCCAAAAACACCACCUCCCUCACAGAUGCAAGUUCGCAUCUCAGGAGCCCCGCCCGAGGUUCACCAUGUCCUGGCCCCGCCCAGGACGGCGUGCUCGGAACACACGGGGUCGGGAGGCGACAUGUGCUACCUGUGCUACCAGCGGGCGGCGAGGAACAUCCCGGUCUCGUUCGCGGAGGAACGCAGGAGGAAGGAGUUGGAACAGGACAGGUUGCUGCAGCAGUAUCAGCACAUGAGAGACACAGAGGCCAUCGCAAAGGAACAGGAACAAGUGAUGGCUAACCGACAUCACAACCAGAAGGUGGCAGCCUUCAACUUGGGCGUGUCGGAGGCACUCAAGGCCAAGAAAGCCAAGAGAGACAUGAACUUCCACCGUGGGCUGGCCAGCGGACCUCAUGGCAAGAAUGCGUACAUCUUCCACACGCGCCCGCUGACUCCGCCGCGGUUAUUUAAACAAGAGGAACUUGCUAAGUUCCUGGAGGGGCAGGUUCAGCACAGGAAGGACAUGGAGAAGAGAGCAGCAGAGGACCAGUCCUUCAUAGAGAAACUAGAGCAGGCACAGCUGGCUGAGGAUUUGGCCAGGCAGCGAUACCUACAAAUGAAGGAAAAGUCUGACCAGACCAAGAAGUACAUGGAAGCUCUCGAUACUCAGAUACGGGACAUGGCGUCCCUGGUGCCAGAGAUCCCCAUCAGGAAUGUUAGCUUCAGGCGGCCACACUUCCUGGAACCGCUGGUGUUCCCAGGCACGGAUAGAACAGACAGUAGUCAGAUAGAUAGGGAGGAUCAGGAAGACAAGGAAGAAGAUAGUCAGGAUUGUGAAGAUGAGCAGACUAGUGAGGUGAAAGAUAAGAAGGAAGAUGAGGAGGACAAGCUGGUCAAAAGGGUGCGUUUCAAGCCCCUCCCCCUCCCCAAGGCAGUGUCAGACUCCAAGAAGCCCAUAUUUGGUCUGAACGACAUGACCAAUGAGAAGCUAGCGGAGCAGCGCCGCCGUGCCCAGAACCUGUACAAGGAACAGCUGGACGCCGUGGCGCAGCGGAAGAGAGAGGCCAUCCUGAAACAUCUGACUGAACAGAAAGAGGAGGGCGACAUGUUGGCCAGGACUCGACAAGACCUUCUGCAGGACCGUGCCAACCGUUACGCCACCAUGUACAGCAUGCGCAAGUCUCUGGAGGACACGUGGCGCGGCGCCGUGGACACCAAGAGGGAACGCGACCAAGAUGAGCUUCUCCAUCGCAUGGCGCCCGGGGAGAUGCUCCUGGACCAGACGGAGCACUACCGGCGCUGUAAGCAGUGUCAGAGGAGGCCGGCCAACUGUGGGGAGUCCAACGUGUGGAGCGAGUCGCGCUACAUCCCCGGCUCCAGGCUUAUGGUGUAGAAACUUCCUCCAUCUUUACAGUGAACAAUUAUUGGACAGUCUUUCGGCGUGGUCAUAUUCUUUGUAGGCCAUCAUACGAUUUUGGAAAUUUUCAAACGAGCGUUGACAGAACCAACUGGCAACAAGAAUCCUUUCCAUAACAAGACAUUAGGUAAAUUUUGCACAGGAAUACCCUCAGAUUGUGAUCGUAUGAUGACUGUACAAUAGAUAUGACCGCGCUGUUAACGUGUGACUUUGGACUUGCAAGGGAUAUCUACAACCUUUUUAAAAUCCUCUUCCUACCGAUCUGUCUUCACGUCUCUUUUUUUAUAAAAUUUCACAGUACAUCAACUUAAGAGACGAGUUCGUAAAGGGCCAUUGUGUAAUGUAGCAUGUUUUGCGAAACAGGCCCAUACACAUGUACUUAAGAUACAGAUUAUUGUGUUAGAUCGAGCUUUCUUCCAAAGCAAAAGUACAAGACUUAACUGAAUGUUUUUGUACACUUUAUAUCUACUGGUGUAAAAUAUGGCAUAAAACACCCUUUUCAAAGUCCAACUAUAAAGCAAGCCACACAUUUCGACACUAUUUUUGGUACUGGUAUAAUUCGACAGGACAUUUUAUAAUCCAUUUUAAAUGCAUUAAAGCUGCUAUAUGGUCUGUACAGUUUUGAUAUGUUUGUGUAUAUUGACACUAUUGUUGUGACAAUUACUUUCACAUUUGUUAUAUGCAGUAGCUUAGAGUUUACAUUUAUGUGAAAGGUCUAUUGUUUUUGUGUGUGCUUUUCAGUAUUACAUUUGUAUAUUAUAUACAAUCAUUCAAGAUGGAGGAUCCUCUACUACCAAAGUUUUUAAGUUACUGAGAAUGUAUAAUUUUCAUGACAAAGCAUUUGAGCUACUAGUUUAUAAGAUCAUGUGUAUAUUAAAAAUCAUGGGCACUAUGUGAGAAACAUUGCUGGUACACAAAACGUACACCUCUAAUAACAACCUACCACAGAAAUGUUUUGAGAAAGAAGGGUUCAUGCACUGUGUGGAAAUCUGAGCACAAAUGCAUUUUUCACAACUGUACUGGAAAUCAAAUAUAAGCAUGGUUACUGAUGUAUCCUGAUGUGUAUGCUGAAAGCAAAUAAAAGCAUUUAUUUUGCUCAAA